GCAUGUAUUCCCGAUUCCCGGGAGAUCAGUCACGUAGAGCAACCGAAGGUCCCAGCUGACUCAGCUGGAACCAGACAGGAGACUUAUUAAAGGUCCAGUCCAGAGUGCACCGCUGAGUGGCACAUUCCCCGUCAAAGGUUCUAUCUCUUCAGCUCAUCUCACCAGCAAACCAGCAAAGAUGCCAUCAUACGCCAUAACAGGAGCAGCCCGGGGGAUCGGCUUUGAAUUUGUCAAUCAACUCUCUGCUGAUUCUGGGAACACCAUUUUCGCCCUUGUACGCAGUGGGGCCACUGCCAACAAGCUCGCGGAGCUGGGAAGGCAUAAUAUCCAUAUUAUCGAAGCUGAUAUAACCGACAACAAGGCUCUGAAGAACGCUGCCGCAGAGGUUUCUCGAUCAACAGGCAACUCGCUUGACUAUUUGAUCAACAACGCUGGCUUUGUAGAACCUGAGAGAGCUAGACUGACUCUCGAUUCAUACCCCUCAGAAGAGUUGCUCACUAAGGAUCUCCUCGAUUCGUUCAACGUCAACGUCGUCGGCGUCAUCCACACCAUCAAUUACUUCCUCCCGCUCCUCAAGAACGGGAAAGCAAAAAAGGUCAUCACCAUCACUAGCGGAUUGGGAGAUCUUGAUGUGACGAUGGGCGCUGAUUUCCCCACUGCUGCGCCGUACUCCAUCUCCAAAGCCGCGGUUAAUAUGGUCAAUGCCAAGUAUGCUGCUCAAUACAAGUCAGAGGGCUUUGUCUUCUUGGCGCUUAGCCCAGGACUUGUGGAUACCAGCACCAGGGCUCCCACUCAGAAGGAACUGGAAGAGUUCAUGGCGAUGGUUGAGCGAUUCAAAAACGUCUACCCCGAUUUCACAGGGCCAAUUAUGCCGGAGACAUCCGUCCGAAUGCAGCUCGAGGUCAUCAAUCGGAUGACCAUCGACGACACAGGCGCGUUCAUUUCACACAAAGGGAACAAAGAAUGGUUGUAAGCUUCAUAGGGACUCUGAUAAGCUCCAAAGUUAACUUUGUACUAUAAAUAAGUCACUUAAUAUC